UGCUGAGUAUCGGAGAAGGAGGCUUCUGGGAGGGAGCUGUGAAGGGUCGCACCGGCUGGUUCCCUGCAGACUGCGUGGAGGAGGUUCAGAUGAGACCGUAUGACCCACGGCUAGAGACGCGAGAGGACCGUACCAAGAGGCUGUUCAGACACUACACUGUGGGAUCCUACGACAACUUCACCUCAUACAGCGACUACAUCAUCGAGGAGAAGAAUGCAGUCUUACAGAAGAAGGAGCAUGAAGGCUUCGGUUUCGUGCUGCGGGGGGCCAAAGCGGAGACGCCCAUCGAGGAGUUCACGCCCACGCCGGCGUUCCCGGCGCUGCAGUACCUGGAGUCGGUGGAUGUGGAGGGCGUGGCCUGGAGGGCGGGGCUUAGGACAGGAGACUUCCUCAUAGAGGUGAAUGGGAUGAACGUGGUGAAGGUGGGCCACAAGCAGGUGGUGUCUCUGAUCCGCCAGGGGGGGAGCGGGCUGCUCAUGAAGGUGGUCUCGGUGACGCGCAAACCAGAGUCUGAGGAGGUGGUCCGGAAGAAAGCGCCCCCCCCGCCCAAGAGGGCCCCCAGCACCACGCUGACGCUGCGGUCCAAGUCCAUGACGGCGGAGCUGGAGGAGCUGGCCUCCGCCCGCCGCCGGAGAGGAGAGCGGCUGGACGAGAUGCUGGCCACACAGGAGCCCACCAUGCGGCCCCCCGGCCCCGAGGGGGACUACCGGGCGGCCACGGUGAAGCAGAGGCCGACCAGCCGGAGGAUCACCCCGGCGGAGAUCAGCUCGCUGUUCGAGAGGCAGGGGAUGCUCCUCCAUGGGGGCCUCCACCCUGGGAUCGAGAGAGGUCACAUGCCGGUGCCAAAGGGUAUGUCGAGGACCAAGUCGUUUGGUGCGACUGAGGAGGACCGCCUGUCGGCGUUGGUGGCCGAGCACCGCUUCCCCCGGAGCUCCUCCAUGACCGACAGCCUCCGGGAGCAGUACCCCCCCCACGCCAUCCCUCCCCCUCCUCAGGGUGCUCCCCCUCCCCCCCCCGCCCUCUACUACCAGGACACCUGCCCUCCCCCCGGCUUCUGCCCCCCUCCCCCCCCCUCCCGGACCCAGAGCCAGGGCCACGACCCCGGGGGCCGCUCCAGCUUCAAGCCGUCCUCCCUGGACCUGCCCUACGAGGCCCAGCGCCAGGCCUCGCACCUGGAGCGCCAGAAGAAGGCCCGCUCCAUGAUCAUCCUGCAGGACUCCUCCCACCUCCCGGUGGAGGCCACCGACAUCCCCCGCCCCGCGGCCACCACACCCCCCGAGCGGAUCAAGAGGAAGGGCCGGGUGAUUGACAACCCCUAUGCUAACGUGGGGCAGUUCAGCAUCGGGAUGUACACGCCCACUAAGCCGCAGCGGAAGAAGAGCCCCCUGGUGAAGCAGCUGCAGGUGGAGGAUGCCCAAGAGAGAGCGAGUUUGGCGCUGGCGAGCGCCCAUUCGCGAGACACCUCACCCUCAGGACGGCUGGCCAACGCCCACGGGCACACGCACACCAGCCGCGCAGAGUACUACCAGCAGCAGCUGGCGGCGGAGCGGGAGCGACUGCGCCUCCAGGGAGAGGCCCUGCUGCAGGGGAAGGGCCCCUUUGCUGCCGCCAUCGCCGGAGCCGUCAAGGACCGCGAGCGGCGGCUGGAGGAGCGGAAGAAGUCCCCCGUCUUCCUGUCGGUGGGGACGCUGGAGGGCCUGUCCGCCGGCGGCCCCGAGGCCCACUCGUUGACGCCGUCCCGCUCUGUCGACGAGCGCAUGCUGAGCCGGGAGCUGGGCCAGCUGCCCCCGCCGGCGCUGGCCCUGAGCCCCUCCCCCAGCGGCACCACCUUCAUCCACCCGCUGACGGGGAAGCCGCUGGACCCCAACUCCCCGCUGGCUCUUGCGCUGGCCGCAAGGGAAAGAGCCCUGACCUCUCAAAGCCAGUCCCAGUCCAGCAGCCCCGAGCCCAGGACUAAACAGGAGCGAGCGGGCCCGGGCGGGAUAUUCAUGGACAUCCAGACCAAAGAGUGUCAGCUGGGAGGGGGGGACCAGGCAUCGCCCCCGUUCUCCUCCCAGAGCUCCAAGGUAGCGGGCUAUGGAUCCUCGUUAGGGGCUAUGUUAGCCCCUCAGUCCACCAAACCGCCGUGGUCUUCGUCCUCCUCUCCGGUGUCGCUCAGACAAGACCUGGAGGGACGAGGGGAGGAGGUCAAGGAGGAGAAGAAGACCAUGUUGAUCAGCAUCCUGGACACGUCCCAGCAGAAGACCGCCGGGCUCGUCAUGGUGCACGCCACGAGUAAUGGUCAAUCUUUGGGGGCGGGUUCAGAACCUGAGGCCACGCAGUCCCCAACAGCCACUGAACAAAGCAAACCUCCAAGCCCCCGGGAGAAAUCCCCCAGUCCCACAGCCCCACAAAUACAACCCCAAAUGCAGGCCAAGUCCCCGGUCCUCCAUUCUGCGAGCCCGGUCCAACAGAUGGCCCUCGCUCAGGGCAGCUCUGAGGAGGACGUGGAUCCCUACACCGUGACCCUGCCUGCCGCCAUGUUGUCAUCGAGUGACGAAGAAACCCGCGAGGAGCUGCGUAAGAUCGGUGUGGUGCCGCCGCCGGAUGAGUUUUCAAACGGGCUGCAGGCGAAGGCUCAGGGGACCCCUUCGUCCCAGACCAGCCCUGCCUCCUCCUCCCCCACCACCCCUUCAACCACACUGACACCCCAAACCCCUUCCACCCCCACCACCCCCACGCUGACCCCCACUCAGCCUCAGACCCCCCUCCCCCUGCCGUCGCCCAGCACAGCGUCCGUCUCAGGGAAGCCCUCUGAACCUCUGGAGCCCCCGCCUGUGGGGGAGUCCGGCUCCGCCGCCGACUCCGGCGUGGAGGAGGCCGACACGCGCAGCUCCAGCGAGCGGGAGCGAGACCACCACCUCGAGACCACCAGCACCGUCUCCACCGUGUCGAGCAUGUCCACGCUCUCGUCGGAGAGCGGCGAGCCGGCCGACACCCAGACCACACACACCUCCUCCUACGACGGGCAGACCUUCAUGCCCGACAAGCCACCAGUGCCUCCCAAGCCACGACUCAAGUCCCAGAUAGGAGGCGGGAAGGGCCCGGUGACUUUCAGGGACCCCCUACUGAAGCAGAGCUCCGACAGCGAGCUGCUGUCCCAGCAGCAGGUGGCGGCGUUGGCGGCGGCCGCGGCCGGAGGGGCGUCAUUGACCGCCGGUGGCUCCGCGUCGGUGUCCGGGCUGGCUCCGACGAGGCCGCGAUACCUCUUCCAGCGGCGGUCCAAGCUGUGGGGGGACCCGGUGGAGCCCCGUGGGCCUGGGAUCGGGCUAGGUGUUGGGAGUUUGGGAAAUCUAGGUGGGCUGGGGCUAGGGUUGGGACCAGAUGAAGUCGGGAAACCAUCCGUCAUGGGAGAGCUGAGUUCAAGGCUCCAGCAACUCAACAAAGACACCAGGUCGCUAGGAGAGGAACCACUGGGGGCGUCUCUGGACCCUGGCAGGAAGUCUCCAGUGACCGGAGCCCGAUGUGAGAGGGACACCGAGGAGGAACUGACUGUGCGCCCAGGAGCCUGGGACAACUGUACUCUUCAGCAGUCUAGGGGAGCUCCAUACCAUCUCCCAGAGAAGCUACGCCACCGCCUACGCCAUCCGGCCCGGCGCCCGCUACCCCGCCACGCGCCGCACCCUGAGCCCGGGCUCCCCGGACAGGGGCGACCCCCACGGGCGCCUCCCCGGCUUCGGCCUGCCCACCUCGCCGACCACGCCCCCCCACACCAUCCUGAAGACCUCCAGCCUCAGCCUGCCGCACGAGCCCAAGGAGGUCCGCUUCGUGAUGAGGAGCUCCAGCGCCCGCUCCCGCUCGCCGUCCCCGUCGCCGAGCCACUCCCCCGGGCUGGGCUCCCCGCUGCUGGCCCUGCGGCCCUUCCACCAGAAGCCCCUGCACCUGUGGAACAAGUACGACGUGGGCGACUGGCUGGAGAGCAUCAACCUGGGGGAGCACCGGGCGGGGUUCCAGGAGCACGAGAUCGAGGGCUCCCACCUGCCGGCGCUCACCAAAGAUGACUUUGCGGAGCUGGGGGUGACCCGCGUCGGACACCGCAUGAACAUCGAGCGGGCGCUGAAGCAUCUGCUGGAGAGCUGACCCCUGCCCUGAGGCCGAGGAACGUGGGGGGGGGGGGGGGGAGACAGGUAGAGACAAACCAAGGAGAGGCCCAGAGAGACGCACCAGGAUGGAGGAAAGAGCCCCCUUCUUUUACUCUUCGCUCCGUUUUGAGCCCUUCUCAUUGAGUUACUCAUUCAUUGAGACCCUGCACUGAACCGUACCUCCCUCUUCACCCCCCUCAUACCCCCGGUGCAAGCAGCUCUAGGACCAGGCCCUUCAUAGCUUACAUGGAGGUCUGCAUCAGCUCCAACUACAAACACUUCAAAAGAGUCAACAUUUCAAAACCUUUUGUUAUUCACACCCUCGUGUCCUCAAAGAAACCCCUCUUCUCCUUUCUACCUCCCCCCCCAUCCCCCCUGUCGAGUCUAGGGGCCCACCACGCCGGACCCCCACCACGCUGCGAGUCAAAGAAGGGAGGCAAUCUAGUGUCUGAACGGAGAGUUCAGUGGCCUUUCAGAAGAGGUUUCCAGUGAUGUGAAUGACGGCUGAGGACGCUGCCUCCGCUCAGACAGAGCGUCGUCUCUACCUGGGGUCGCUCUCAGACCGCCACCUUGGAGCUCCUUCUGUAGAAGACCCCCGGAGAUCCAGCUUGGGUCCCAGGAUCCACACUGGGCUAUCUAUUAACUAUAUUCGGAGAAUGUUUAACCAACACUAGUGGCUUUUUACUUAAUCAAACACUUGUUUUGUUUUUGUUUUUUCCAAAGGGAAUAUUAUAGAUCUACAUAUAAAUAAUGUGAUAUACAUAUAUGUGUAUAUCCAAAUAGCUUUGAAAAGAAAAAACACAAUGUUACAAAGAGGAAAUAUGAUAAAUAAAACUGCACCUGUGUUUUGUUUCUAGUGUAGAGGGCCAAGAGAAGGUUUAUUUCGCCAAUACUUUACUAAUUUUUACUAAUUAUAUACAUAUAUAUAUAUAAAUAUAUAUAUAUAUUUGAAAUAAAAUAGUAUAUAGAUAUAUUCAAAAGAUUUUUUUCAAGGUAAACAAAAAAAAGUAUGACAAUGGUCAAACACGAUCAUAUAUAUAUAUAUAAUAUAUAUACAUGAUCAAAUCUGAUCUUUACUCAUGGUCACAGUAGCAUGGCAAGUUGCAUCAUGACUCGGAAAGAGAGCGUUCUUUGUGUUCUUUUUAUUUUCUUACGGUCUUCCUUCGUACGCAAAGGCAUCCCAAAAUGUGAGGCCACGCCCACGGCUGGUUCCCCGCCCGUUGCCUGGGUUACAGCUCUUAAAGUGGUGUGCUCUUUCUUUCCUUCCUUUCCUAUUUUUUACUCCAUGAGGGUUUUUUCCGCAGUGCACAACCAGGGUGGCCUCAGGCGCCGCUCAGGGACGGGGUGAGGGAGAGGGAGGGCCUCGGGCAUGGCUCAGGGACGGGGUGAGGAGGGGGUGAGGCAGAGGGAGGGGUGAGGGCGUGGCUCAGGGACGGGGUGAGGAGGGGGUGAGGGAGAGGGAGGGCUGGGGCAUGGGGGUCACUUGGUGGCUGACUUUAUUGGCCUCUGUUUACAAUCGUAUUCGGGAAGUAAAGGUUUAAACCCCCAAGGCUGACAGGUCUGAGCCCGGCCCCCCAGCCCCGUGGGCGCUGCUUUGUGGAAACAAGGACCACAAUGUUGACCUCCAUCUUACAGUGCUGUAUACGGCAGUUAUGGAGGGACAAAAGGAGUUCAUAUCUUAUCACAGGUACAGGUGGAGAGGCAGUGCUACCAUUUGGCAGCAAAACGGUCAAACCUUGGCAAGAAAUAAGCCUGGUACGUUAUUUAUAAAGAUAUGUUCUACUUUGCCUGAUUAAUCUCUCCCCCCCACUCCCUACAUCAGCUUUAUCAUCGGAAAUGAGAGAACAACAGAUCCCGCAGUGGUUUGAAUCGGCUUACAGUCUGUGCCUUGGCAGAACAGCAUUGCAGGUCAUUUAACUGGCACGCUUCGGGCUCUCAGGACGGGGGGAGCCUUCUGCCUGAACCAGGUCUGAACAACACACACACAAAAUCUGCAAUUGUAAUCAAAAGGAGUCGCCCCUGCAGCCAGUGAGAACCAGUGAGUUUUAUUCAUGCAACACAAUGAUUUGUCUGAUCCAGAGCCACUUCUCGAAGAGGAGCUGGGAGAUCCACCACUACCACUAACAACCACCCUAGAUCAACGCCGUCUGACCGGUAGGCCAAGAGGCAUGGCAAGGACGUUGGAUCUUUCCCAAAAGCGCUUUUGGUUCAUUUUAAUUUCUACCACUUUGGCCAGAGGGGGGAGCGAGGUAGAGAGGGAUUUGGUUCUUUGUAAUGUUGUGUAAUGUUGUAGGAAUAGCACUCACUGCCUCACUGUGACCUCGCUGAUGAGUUCCUUCAUUUUCUUUUGUAUUUUAGUGAUAUGAUCUUAAGACUGAGUUGGAGUUGAUUGGUUUCUGUGUUUGUUUUUAUUGAUUUUGUUUGGAUUGUCAUUUUUCCUCUUUGAUUGUUUGAUUUAUUGCCCUCCUACACUGUGGGUAGAUUUUGUAGCUUGUGGAACAUGAUACUUUUAUCACUACUUUGAAUUUUAGAGUGAACCAGACAGGAGAAGAAAAUACUAAUGUACUGUCUAUUGCAACAUACUUAUACUUGUAAAUAUGAACAAAAUACAAAUAUUUGCUUUUUAUAUUAAUCAGAAGCAAUGUAUAUAUGAUAGAUUUCAUAUACAUUUUUCGAAAAACAAAAAAUAUAUAGAUCUAUAUAUGAAUGUUUGGCAUAUAUGCAUAGUUAAUCACCUUCUGAACAAAGGUGUGCAGAUUUUAUUCUUUCUAUGAACUCUUGAACUUUUGAACUCUGAACUAUGAACUAGGGGAUGAUUUGCACAAAACAAGGUGCUAGCAUAUAAGCCACUCAUCGUCAAAGCGCUCACCUGCAUCUGGAAUCCCAGAAUCUAAUAGUAUGCGUUCUCUUCACCUUUCAUACGCUUUACAUUUGUGUGCGUGUGUGUGUGUGUGUGUGUGUGUGGGUGUGGGUGUGUGUGUUUGUGCGUGUCCGUGUGAGCGUGUGUGUGCAUGCAUGCACACAUGUAGAUGCACGUGUGUGUGUGUGUGUGUGUGUGUGUGUGUGUGUGUGUGUGUGUGUGUGUGUGUGUGUGUGUGUGUGUGUGUGUGUGUGUGUGUGUGUGUGUGUGUGUGUGUGUGUGAGAGAGAGAGAGAGCUUGAGAGACAGAGACUAUAGUUUAUUGAUAGGGUUUAAAUCUUUGAAAUUAUUCCACAAUAGCCUUACUGUAUCCCAGAGAGACUCCCGGUAGAGGCUGUGUAAAACAUAACACAUAACUCAAACAACAUUCAUGAGCAGCAAGUAAUUAGUAGUAGUAAUAAUUGCCCAGCUUUUUGUACUUCCCGCAAAGCAAUUUCACCUUUAAAAUGUGGAGUAGAAUAAUUAAAAAAUGAAUGAGCGAGAGGGAGAGAUUCGUAUGUAUGGAGAGAGGAUUUUGUGAGUUUGUAUAUAGUAGGCUACUCUCCUUCACAAUGUGAUGCUUUUACACUUCUCCAUACCCAGAAUGCAUCUGAGCUUUCACUCCACCACAGCUACCUGGCUACUCCUUUUUCGUUUUUCAGACCUUCGGUUUGUGAGUUUUAGAUAGUUUUAGCCUGUGCUUCACAGGGUUAUCUAAAGAGGAAGCAACAUAAACAAAAGAAAAAAUGUGCCAAAAAAUGACAACUGUAUAUUUCUUCUUUGCUUUACGACUACCUUAGUUAUAAUGUUCCUGAGCUAUUAGACUCAAUAAUAUGGUGCCAUCUCCUGGAAAUCUUGAGAACUACAGACAUUUUUAGAUCCAUUACAUGUACAGCACCUUUUCUGGUGUGAAUGGUCAUUUUUAUGUUUUCUGAGAAUCCCACGUUGAGAUUUGUAUCAAAAUCUCAAUCUAAGUCAUUAUUAUUGCAGGGUCUUGCGGAGGGUGUGGUUUAACUGUGUUCAGGGUUGUUAUACAGUUUGAAAACACAGACAAAGAAGAACACAAUACACCUGUUGAUAGCAGAAAGGCACGGAGGACACAACCAAGAGGACUCCUGAUUGUCUGUGUUUCUUCACCUCAGAGGCCGUUACGAAAACGUCACUCACUCUUAAUGAGUUUACCAGAGGGUUACUUUUGAGUUUCUUUUUUAAUCAACAAAGCACAAACUACAUGGUGUAGAGAGAGUGGCGUAAUCUUUUUAACAACCCACUGGAUUCUGAUCUUAUCAUCGGCCGGUGUUAAUUUUCUCAUCGUUUAUGAUCUCCUUUUUUGCACUGUGAAGUUUAGACCAGUGGACGUGUCUCCGCAGCGCUUCAGCCCUCCCUCCCCCCCCCGGUCCUACGCCCUUGCUCGACGCAGCUCAACGGUCAAACUAAUUUAAGAAGCUUCCACUGGACCAACGGGCCAUCGAAAAGGCUCCAUGUGGCUUUAAUCUCUCUAAUCCGUAAUCUGAAACCCUUCCUCAUACGUGGGAAUUAGUAAAAUAUGCUAUUAAUAUAAUGGGAGGUAAACGUUCUCAUUUCCAUGCAAAGCAAGAAAGGCUUGGGAAAGUGUUGUGGUUGAAGGGGGGGCUGUAGCCAGUUCUGAGAUAUAUCCACCACAGAGAUAUAUGUUUGUUAUCUUACGUAAUAAAUUUAUAAUUCAAAGUUUAA